AUGGCAACCAUCGAUACACAGGACCUCAGAGAAAGAAUCGAGCGCUUUCGAGUUCUGAUCAUAGGGAGAGCAAACGCAGGCAAAACCACCAUUCUUCAGAAGGUCUCUAAUACCACGGAUGAACCAGAAAUCUAUGACGCCAAAGGAAACAAGGUGCAGAUCGAUGCUGCCAUCGUGAAUUCCUCGAUUGGGCGUGGAAAUCACGACAUCACAAACGAGAUGCUAUUCAAAGGCAAUCCCAGUUUCGUCUUUCACGACUCGUGCGGUUUUGAAGCGGGAUCCAAAGCAGAAUUCGAGAAUAUGAAGGGAUUUAUCUCAGAACGCGCACGCGACGAGAUUGGAGGAACGAAUCCAUGCUAUCUGGCAAGUAUUGUAUCCCAAUGGACGAUCCGAGUCGAAACAUUCCAGCGGUUGGAGGAGAAGUUCUUCUUGGAGUGCAACAUUAGGCACGUUCCCGUGGUCGCAGUGUUUACCAAGUUCAAAGCUCUGCGUCCACACGUGUAUGGAGAGAUCAAGAAGCAACUGGAAGGGUUAUCGGGAGAAGAACGCUCUAAGAGGAUUGCCCAACGUGUCGAAGAACUAUUCACGAAAAUGGGUGUGUUCAAUGAGUUGUGCGAGCCUGAAAACCGUACCUAUCGCAAGUCUUAUGUACGCUUGGAGAAUAUGAACAAAUUAAAUACAAACUGCAACAUUCUGCUGGAACACACCACCCUCGCAUUAGACGACGAAGAACUGCGGUUGUGCUUGUUAUCAACACAGCAACCAAACUUUGUAUCAAGUGUGCCGUUACAACACUCUUCGAUCGUGCACAUCAGUAAUUCGGGCUACUUGAAAUCGAUUCUGAAGUCUAUCAGUAUUGCAUCGCUAGUGGUUUCCACAUCUCAAAGUAAGACGAAGAUUGAUUCGAUAUGA